CACUCGCAACAGCCACGCAGACGCCAUCGGCAUCAUGACCGCCUCGGUGCCCAACGUCUCGCACGACCAGCUGCGCGAGCUCGUCGUCGCUGCUCACGUCUGGGCGCGCUUCCAAGCACCGCUGAUUGGCGCCACUGUCGAGGUGCGUGGACCUCACGACGGCGCGUUUGAUGCAUACUGAUCUCAAUGCUCGACAGUGCGGCGUGCUGCCCGGCCUCGAGCCCUGGCUCGGAGCGUGGGUAUACCGCUCCUCGUCCGACUCCAAGCUGGCCGAGGAGUGGGCGCGUCGCAGCAUCUUCUUCUACACGGUGUCGCCCUCUCAGACGCUCGCCGAGCGUGUCGAGGAAGUGCGCGUCGAGCGUACUCUCGACGCCGCUACGUCCGAGUGUCCGCUCACAGUGCACUUCGUAGUCGGCAAUGACGGAGAGCACACGAUGCUGCAGCACGGCACGCACUACAUUUUCGAUGGCCAGAGCAAUCUCUCGCUCAUCGAGCUGGAGCUGUCAUUCUGGGCACGCUGGGCACACGACGUCGAGGGCGGCUGGCGCGAAGUGCGCAGUCUCAAGUGGGGCGAGGAGGUGGCCCGCCUGCCGCGUGCGCUGCCAGAGAGCAUCGGCCUGCCCUUCGACGACUGCCACGACGACGAGCAAGCGCAGAAGAUCAUCGGCCCCGAGCUCGCCGGCCACGGACCCUCGCUCGGACUUCCGCCUCAGCAUCUCGAGCCGAGCGGCGAGCUCGGCCACGCCUUCCACUCGCGCCGCAUCCUCUCGCCAGAGAUUUCGGCCAGCUUCAACCGCGCCUGCCGCGCUCUCGGAUUCACGAGUGGCCAUGGACUCGAUGCGGCGCGCCACAUUGCCGUCUGGGCGUUGCGCUCGCAGGAUGCAGCCGCGGCAGGAGAAGAGCUCGAAGAGACGCACAUCAUCAACUUCAUGCUGCCCAUCGACUUCCGCCGCUACUUCAAGAGCGAGUACCUUGGCAAGCCUUACAUCUGCACCGGCACCGCCGGCUUCACGACCGAAGUCGAUCUGCAGCUCAUCGCGCCGAAGGACGGCGAGACGAUGGGAGAGAAGGCCUGGCUGCUGCGCGCAUGGAAGGACGUGGGGCCGGAGCUGGCGAAACAGUACAAUGCCGUGGCGAAUGAUCGCGACAUCAUCAGUGCGUGAGAGACAGUAAUCUGCGCUGGUGAUGCUGCACCCAACUGCACGCUGACUCAAUUCGCGUUCACAGAGGGCAUGGGUCCGGUGACGGACAUGCUGG